AUGAGACAUGAAAAAGCAGUUGAGAUUCUUCCUAGGACCAGUAGCUGCAAAAGCAACAAGAAGAUCAUCCCUGCAAAUUCAUCUCUCAAUCCCCAAACCUCUGAAGAAUUUCCCCAAACCGCCGCCUGCCCCAGAGGCCGCACUGGAUUCUCCGGACUUCUUCGAUCACUCCUUCAUAUUAUUUCAUUUCCCACGAUUCUCCCCACUUGCAGAUGGCUUAAUAUUCCAACCCAAUUCUCGAUAACACCUUCGCUUGGCCGGAAAGUCACCGGAACUCUAUUUGGGCACCGGAGAGGUCAUGUCACCUUUUCCGUUCAAGAUGACCCGAGAUCGGAACCAGUUUUUCUCGUUGAACUUGCAGUUUCUACAUCAACCCUGGUGAAAGAGAUGUCUUCUGGGCUAGUAAGGAUUGCCCUGGAGUGCGAGAAAGGCCAGCCGCCGUCUCGAGGCGGUCGGCCACCGGUGAGGCUGUUCAAUGAGCCAAUGUGGACUAUGUACUGUAAUGGUAGGACAUGCGGCUACGCUUUUUCACGCGCAUGCACAGAUUCCGACUGGCACGUGUUGAGCACCGUCCAGACAGUCUCCGUCGGUGCUGGAGUGAUUCCGGUGGUGGAUGACGGCCGGAAGAGUGGUGCAUCUGAAGGUGAGUUGCUGUACAUGAGAGCUAGAUUUGAGCGAGUUGUGGGGAACCGUGACUCGGAAGCUUUCUACAUGUUGAACCCGGACGGCAAGGGAGGGCCGGAGCUCAGUAUUUUCUUACUUAGAAUGUGA